UCUGGAGAAAGGAAGGAGACAGGAACUCUGGAGAAUACAGUCUUAACUCUAAACGAGACCAGACAACUAGGUGAGCUCAUUACAGCACCAGAUGGAGGCCAGAUCUCUCUGGAUUGGUUUGACAAUGAUGAGAGCGCGUCCCACCCGGACCAGUCCAUGCGCCCCACUGUGCUGCUGCUCCCGGGACUGACGGGCACAAGCCGCGAAUCCUACAUUCUACAUAUGGUACAGCAAAGCCGGGAUCUGGGUUACAGAUGUGUGGUGUUCAAUAACAGAGGAGUAUCGGGUGAAAAGUUACUGACGCCUAGGACUUACUGUGCAGCGAACACAGAGGAUCUGGAGGUGGUCAUUGAACAUGUCCAGCGGACCAUUGACAAAGCUCCGCUCAUGGCGGCUGGGGUUUCUAUGGGCGGGAUGAUGCUGGCAAACUAUCUGGGUCGGAAGGGCUCUGAGGUGCGUCUGAAGGGAGUGGUGGUUUUCUCGGCAGGCUGGGAUGUGUUUGAGUGCACAGCUUCACUGGAAAAGCCCCUGGACCGCUUCCUCUUCAACUCCUACCUCACCAGCUGCCUGCAGGCAUCCGUGGACCGUCACAGAACCAUUCUUGAAAAAAAAUAUGACAUAGACCAUGUAAUGAAGGCUAAGACAAUUCGAGAGUUUGAUGAACGUUUCACAUCAGUCAUGUUCGGUUAUCCAUCCAAUGACGACUACUAUCGAGACGCGAGCCCCAUUCACAAGAUCAAGUCUGUGCAGGUGCCAAUGCUGUGCCUCAAUGCAGCGGACGAUGUCUUUUCCCCCAAUCAUGCCUUUCCAGUGGAGGCGGUGAAGCAGAACCCCAAUGUGGCCCUGCUUAUCACCUGUCAUGGCGGCCAUAUUGGCUUUCUGGAGGGUCUGUGGCCACGGCAGAGCACCUACAUGGACCGAGUUUUUCGCCAGUUCACCAAAGCUGUGUUUGAGAACGGCAGCAGUCUAGAUGAUCUCCACUGACCUUCUCUUUCCAUUCCCUCUACAGCCAUGAGCAAAAAAAUCUGUAUACAUUUCCAAAAUGAAGGGCACAGGUUCACUUGAGGGCCAGGAUUGUUUUUUUUAGUCUGUUCAUUUAUUUAUUUCAUAAUUUUAGUAGUUUUAUUUGAUUUGCAUUCAUGAAACAGAAAUUCUUCUUUGGCCCGCACAUGUUCCAUCCGUCCAUCCAUUGCUGCACUUAUUUGUUUCUUAAUUGCAUGUCUGUGUAUGACUCUCUUAAUUAUGUAUUUUUAUCCACCUGGACCACUGAAUCACUCACUAGGUGAUAUCACUCAACAUGAAUCCACAUAAGAGAGAGAAUGUCCAGAAAAACAUAGUUUAUAGCCCUGAAACCUAUUAGGAGCAUGUCUAGGUUUACCACUAAAUCAAAAUAAAAAAAUGCGAAUAUAUGUUUGCAUAAAGAAAAAUGAAGCUUAAUUUUAGAAAUACUAAUUAUUCUCAAGAGUACAUUUCCCCUUAUCCUUUUUGCAUAUAAUGCGUUAUUAAAUCACCAUUAAUUAAUUUCAGAUAGUGCCAUGAUGUAUACUUAUAAUAGCUUUGCUUUUAGAAAAAAAAAAUAAUAUAUA